CGGAGUUAUGAUAGACGCCUUAUCGGCUUGUCACAUCAACUUCCAGUUUGAAGUAAGUCACUACUUCCUGAUCAAGUCCAUACUCUCUUCAUGUUUGGAGAUGGAUGUCGACAUGGACGUGGAUCAUGAUGUACCAGAUUUUGUACGAGCCUGGCAUCCAUCAGUUCGUCGACCUAUCAUUCCCCUCGAUCCAACGACCUAUCAUGAAGCCAUUGAUCCUCGCGCCAUUUUCGAGCUUCGUGAAACACCCUCCGACGAAUAUGUACCUGUUGUUCCCUAUUCCUGUGUCCAUUGUCGUUCGGUAAAGCAAACUUGUUCGCGUCUCUUGCCCUGCGAUCGGUGCGCCAAGACUGAGCGACCUUGUCAUGCCACUCAACCAGGCUAUCAGAAGCUUCCUGCGCCCAAGGUGACCAAGGGUAGAAAACGUGCACCAACCUCUAUAUCGCCGCCAAUAUCAGCUUCAACAUCCAAGCAACCCAUAAUAACUUCUUCAAAUCCUGGCCUACUCUUGAAAAAACUUCCAAAUGUAAGGGGAAUGGGAACAAGGUCGAUGGUGACCCCCUUCAGAACAUACCACUUAAAGUCAACCCGGAAACUAGGAGCGGUCAAUGCUGCAGUCUCUACAGCGCCAGUUUGGACUUUCAUUAGGCCUCCAAAAACCAAGUGUGCGGUUGACAGCUGCGCAGCUCUCCCCACAAUCGAUACCCUUCCUUCCACACCUUGCACGCCUAGAGUCUGGGCAAAUUCUCGUGCAGAAAUUGCAUCGAUAUUCCCUGAACUUACCAAGUCUAUUACGGGUAUUUUAUGGCGGCAGUUUGAAAUGCCCGCAUUGUUCCUAGAGCAUCCCCACCCCGAGUAUUCCUGGAGAGACAAAAACACUUUGGAAGUUGUUUUGGAAUGGAGUUAUCGAUACGAGCUCGACGUACCUAGGCCCUCCGACAACAGUGAUCUGGCAGCACGGGUUAGCACUCGGCAUAUUUGCGAGGCUUUGCAUCCUGAUCUCAAAUCUAGGUGGAAGAAUGCGAGCCUGUCAAGCAUGUAGUGCCCUCCUUCACCCCCAUCGAAAGCGAUCAUGCCCAAUUCGAUUUCUCAUCGUUCACUGCACCUCUGGCUGCAGGAUCUGAAGUGUUGCAAUCCGAUACCAUAGUCAUGUCACAGUUGCCUAUUUUAGCCCCAGCGCCGGUGUUAGAUCUACAACCGCCAACGGUCUUGUCUCCAUCUCUAGUUGCAGUGCCGGUGCUAGACCCACCACCGCCAACGGUCUUGUCUCCGCCUCUAGUUCCAGUGCCGGUGCUAGAUCCACCACCGCCAAUGGUCUCGUCUCCGUCUCCAGUUCCAGUGCGGGUGCUAGAUC